UCUUGGUCGUAUCACGUGACGGGGCCAGCCCGCGGCUUCCUUUCAGUGGACGAGCCAAACGGUCUAUGUAGCUGGGAGGUGUGAGGGAGCAUCAGCAUGGAAAUGUUAAAGAUAGAGCAAGUCAUUGUUGGGAGUGAGGUGAAAUCCACUUCAACGGAGAUCAAGUCUGAGCCUGUGGUUAUACCACUGCAACCAAAUCAUCAGCAUGAGGGUCUGCAGUGUUUCCAGUGCCUAAUCACCUUCUCUGACUUCAAAGCCAAGGAGAGACACAUGAAGAAAACUCAUCGGGAACAGUACAAAAACCACCUGCAGCAGGUUAAUACACUCUUUACUUGUUACCGGUGUGACAAGUGCUUCUCCUCCUCGGAGGAGCUCAGUGAACACCAGGCCACUCAUAUCUCAGGGGAGAAGCCCUUCCUCUGCAUUUACUGCCAGAAAAGCUUCCAUACCUUCACUGAGGUGAACAAACACAGAGGAAAUGAAUGCAAAGAACGACAGUAUCCCUGCAGGGACUGUGUCGCCGUGUUCCCCAGUCGUCCACGACUUCGCAGGCAUCGCAAAGCCGUGCACCUCGAGCUACCGGAGGAGCCUGAUGAAAUCUACACCUACCAAUGCUACAAAUGUUGUCGUGGUUUUCAGACCGAAGAACAGCUCCUGCAGCACCUUGAGAGAUUUCCUAAUGAUGUAGACUGUGAAACUAAGUUGCCAGGUAAAAAACGUGGCCGUAAACCUAAGAACACAGCUCAAGGAGGGGUAGUUGAUGUCAAGAAGAUCAAACAAGAGGAAGAAACAGGGGAAUUUGAAGGAUAUGAUGAGUCUCCGACAGAGGGAUGCCACUCUAAGGAGAAGCAAACGCAGCUAAAGAUCCCUUGUCCUGAAACAGCUUGUGACCUCGAAUUCCCUUCUGUUGCAGCCCUACGGGCACACAAGAGAGAGAAACAUGGUCCUCCUUGCAAGACUUAGACUUGCACAGAGUCUAAUGAGAGCAAUGCUUGACCGGAGCAGCUCAAAGCACUCGAGCUGUGGACAUACCUGUGAAAAGAGCUUUGCACGAGAAGGUCCACCAGCAUACCCAAACUGGGGUAGCAGAAAAAAAUUAACUAUAUGGGGAAAAGACUGCAGCUUCCUCUUACAACACUCAACAAAAUGAUUGUCAGAGUAUUUCUUACUUCUCAUAUUCUCUACAGUAAGAGUACGAUAUUUAUGUGAAUCGUUAUGGAGCAAGUUUUUGACACAAGGUUGCAACGCGUUGCAGCACAGUCUGAAUUAUGGAUGCUUUUUUUUCCUGAACUUUUUUCUUUUAAGGUCUCUUACACUUGUAAUAAAGAGUCUGUGCGUCAUUAUGAUUUACAGUAUGUCCACCGUGAGAUCACGUCACUCUUGCUAAUUGUAUUUCCUCUCUCACUGAAAGUUUUUAAUAGUGUAAGUAGUUUAUUCUUAAAAUAUGGCAAUGAUUUAUCUUAAACCAUAUUUCAUUUUCAGGAAAACUAGUAAAAGUGACAAUUUCAUGGAAGAUCCUCAAUAUAAAAUCCAAAAUCUGAUGGGCAAAUGUAUUACUCUUGCAGUCUAAUUUGUCCUCCAAAAAGUAAAUUGUUGCAUUAAAUAAUACGUAACAUGUC